GUCCAUUUUCAAUUUCAAAAUCAAACACAAAACAAAUAACCCCUCCCCUUUCAUAAAUCUAAAAAAUAAACCAAAAUUCAACAAAUUAUCUUAUGGACCGAACCAUAAAUCGUAGCAAAAGAAUAGAAAAUUAUUGAUAAAUACCGAAAAACCCCAAAAAGAAAACCCAACCGAAGCCAAUUUUCGGUUUUACCAUGGACCAACCGAAAAUCACCUUUGGUUGCACCAUGGCUCAGCCGAAGAUAGUUUUCAGUUAAUCCAUGGUACAACCGAAAAAUUGGCUUCGGUUGAACCAUGGUACAACCAAAAAUUGGAUUCGAUUGAGGGGUUUCGGAUUUUUUUUAUUUUUAUUUUUACCCUGUCGGAGUCGCUACUAAUGAUUCAGACGUAUUUUCGACGAUUUCGACUUCAGUAUGUCAACGAUAAAUUCGAGAGUGUGGGAUAUUGAGUGUUUUUUGUUUUUUAGUCAAAAUGAUGUUUGUUUGCUAAAGAAAAUGUAAAAAUGCAAAAAAAAUUAAAAUGUAGCUUUAUUAUCAUUUAGUAUGAUCAUUAGUAAUUUUUAAAAUAUUUUAGAACGAUCUUUAUAAUUCCCUAGUUUUAAUUCCAAAACUGGGGUAGUGUCUUUGGCAUUCCGGUCCAAUAAGUCCAAAUAACUGGGUCUGGAAGCCUUUUAGGCGGGCCGGAUCAACGGCUGGUUUCCGCGGACACCGAUCGAACCGGACGAGCGUUGUCGGCCUCGAACUAUUACGGCACCGUUUCUUGUUUCAGAAGAAGAAAGAAAAAGGAAAACAAUGGAGGAAAAACGGAACCCUCGGCCGCUUUAGCAUUAGACCUUUGCACUUCAGCAGCAGCCUCCGACGUCGCCUCUUUUCCAGGGAGCAGAGAGCAGCGAGAAAGAGAGAGCGAGCGGUGGACGGCGAACAACGGCGAAAGUUGUGCUAAAGGCCGACAGCUUUCUUCUGAACGUCGGAGACGGGCUAAAGGCCGAAAAGCGAAACAUCAGACUUGUGAAGUUUGUGUAGGCUACUGCCGUGUGCUGUCAAGCUAUGGGGAAGAAAAGCGGGAGCCAAAAGAAAGGUAGUGGGAAACCGAAGAGUAGUUCCCGCCAUAAGUAUGCUAAUCCAGAAGACAUGGAUGAUGAGAUUGAUGUGUUUCACAAGCAGCGAGAUAUUGUCCCGCUUGAUUUGAAUGAUGAUUCCGGAGAAUCUAGUGAUGAAGAACAUCCAGUUUUCGAAGACGAGGACAUCAAGGAUGUCAGUGAUGAUGAGGAUGAAGAUGAUGAUGUGGAGGAUUAUGGUAAAGAUACGGGACUAGCAGCAAAAAUUGUCAGACAAAUGAAGUAUCUCAAAGAGAAAAUGCCUGGAAUUGAUGAUGAAAUGCAAGAUAGCGAGGAAGAUGAAGAGGAAAACAGGUCGACAUGGGCUGGACACAAGAGCUUUUACCAUGGUGGUGACAAUCGUGACAUUGAACCUCAAUCAAGUGAUGAGGAGCUACAAGAAGAGGAGGAAGAGGUUAAAAGACAGCAAGAGUUAAAAGCAAAAUCAUUAUCAAUGACAGACUUUGGUCUUGAAGAUGUGGAGGAUGGAGUUGAGAGUGACCAAGAAUUAUCACUAGAGCAAAUUAAAGCUGGAGUAAAACCCUUAGGCAAAGCUCACUCAACUGAGCCUAAUCUUAAGGAGGCAGACAAAGAUUUGAGGGCUUUAUCACAGGAAGAGCAAAUGAAUGCUGUAUAUAGUUCUGCUCCAGAAUUAGUUGGGUUACUGUCUGAGCUGAAUGAUGCACUGGAGCAGCUUGAAACUAGAAUCAAUCCAGUUCUAAGCAAGGCUAAAGAAAGCGGAAUCCAUAUGGAAGGUGGGCUUCGAUUUUUGGAGGCAAACCAGCUCCUUUUGCUGGCAUAUUGCCAAGCCAUAACAUUCUAUCUACUUCUCAAGUCUGAGGGUCUCCCAGUUAAUGACCAUCCUGUCAUUGCCCGCCUUGUUGAGCUUAAGGGCUUAUUGGAUAAGAUGAAGCAACUAGAUGGAGAACUUCCAUCAAAGCUAGAGGAGUUUCUCAAGGAAAAUAUCAGUCCUGAAGAUCUAGGCAAGUUCAUGAAAAAGGAUGCUGCACCUUUGUUGGCGGUGGACCUAGUGACAAAGAAGGAUGAUCUUUCUCUCGCCUCAGCUGAUACACGAGAAGUUGCAGAGACAAUCGGGCUGGUGAAUGGGAACUCUUUGAGUGACCAUCCAAGGAAAGAAUUGAAAGAAGGAAGGCAUAAGCGCAAGAAUGAUGAGGUCGGUGUUGAAAGUACAGAAAUGUUGAGAAUACGAGCCGCCCUGGAGGAAAAAUUGAAACAAAAGGGGGUCUUCAGCUUCGUUGCCUCCGAGGAGGAUAAAGUCAAGAAGAAGCAUAAACAAGCAAACAGCCGUCUUGAAACAUGUGACGAUUUUGAUGACGAUGCCGUUGAUCUUAAAAAUGGCCACCAUGGAGCAGCUGACAGACCAACAAACUUGUAUUCCAAGAAACUAAAGGUCGUUUCUGGUGAUGAAGAUAUACCCAAGAGAGAUGAUAUUGGGGAGAGGAGGAGGAAACAUGAACUGAGGGUUUUGGCGACUGCUGGAGUAAGGUCUGAGGAUAAUGCUGGGGAUGAAGAUGAGUUUGACCAACAUGUAGAAGAUGGUGAUGCAUCUCCUGAAUCCGAAGAGGAGAGUGAUGCAGAAGGCUCAGAAGAUGAGUCGGAAGAAGAAGCGAAUGAUGUCAAGGAUGUGAAACCGGUCACCGCAAAGGCUGAGAAAAGAAAUGCAGCAGCUCCAUAUUUGCCUGAACCAGUGGAUGGAAAACGACUUAUCACGUAUCAGAUGGAGAAGAACAGAGGUCUGACCCGAAAACGAAAGAAGCUAAUUAAGAAUCCCAGGAAGAAAUACAGGGUAAAGCAUCAAAGUGCAGAGAAACGGAGGAAGGGGCAGGUGGUUAGUAUCAAGAAGCCGACGGGGCCUUAUGGAGGUGAAGUUUCUGGUAUCAACCCUGGAGUCAGUCGAAGCAUUCGAAUGUGAUGAAGAAGAGAGACGACAGAGCUGGACAAUGAUCUCGAUUUUUUUUCUUCCCAGAGUAUUUAUAAGUUUACAACUUUGCAUCUCUCUCUCUCUCUCUCUCUCAAAUUUUGUCAUGACUCUUGAGUUCACCUAGUUAUUCGAAAGAGAGAUUCAGAGACUGCCAGACUACACAGCAUCAAUGCCUGUGCUGAGCAAACUAUGUAAUAUUUAUGCUGUUGGCAUAAUAUGCAAUUUUUGGCGAUAUCUUUCCAUUCUGUUAGCUAAAUAUAUGUUCCUUAAUUUU